GGGUCCUCCUCGCGGUAGCUGCCGCGCUUCCGUGCACAGGAUCGCAGCAACGGCGUGAGAUCGCUGCGGGGCAAUUGCUGUUUCCCGUCGCUUGCUGCCCUUUCCCCCCCCCCCCUCUCUCCUCCAGCUGUCUUGGAAAGGAUCUCGCCCCUCCUUUCAGCCAUGAAACUCUUUGCUGGGCUUGCCUUCCCCGGGCUGUGGCUGGUGCUCCUGUCUUGCUGCUGUCGCGUGCAAGCGAAUGGCCAAGCAGUUGACCCUGUUUCUACCAUUUCCAAUGGAACAAAUGACCAAGCAGACCCCCCUGUUCCUGCUUCCAAGGGAAUAAAUCACACAAGUACAGCACCUGUGGUUAAACCAACAACCAACAUUACCACCACCACCCAGAAUGGCACCCAACCCGUAGUCCCAUCUGCUGUGCCUUCUAACACUACCGCCUCCACCACCACAAUAACACACACCACCGUGACAACAAGAAACAUCACCACUCCCACAACAAAUCCCCCCCCUGCAAAAACCAACACUACAAAAGUCUCACCAACUUCACCCAAAUCUAUCAAUGUGACCACAGUAACACCCAAGGCACCAACCUCUACCAAUAGCACUGCAGUAACAGUGUCUUCCAGUUACAGAGUUGUGGGGAAAGUCCAGUCACAGCUGAAGUGA